AUGGAGCACCAACGGGUGAUUAGAAAACACAAUUCCGACUAUUUACGCUCGGGGCCGGCAUCCUAUGCGUCAGCUCAUCGACGAUGGGGAUUCACAUCUUCUCUGACGGGCCUUGACAUCGAGCCGUCAGAAGCGAAGCCUCGGAUAAUCGCUGGUCAGAGAACUAAUACAAAUGUGGCAUCCGAUGCCGACUUUCAGAACGAUACACACUACACAUGCCCUGUCAUUUUGGGAACACCGGCCCAACUACUACAUCUAGACUUCGAUGUGAUAAGGAGUGACAGUCAGGUGAUCACGGCCACAUCCUCUGGCGAAGGUAGCCCUAUACCUAGUCCGGUUGACCUCGCCGCUUUUGUUCCGUCAAAUUCCACUACAUUUGCCCCGGGGAUUAGUGGUUCGAGAGAUCCCUUACACGGUGCGGAUCUACUACAAAUAAAUGGUGUCACAUUGUCCAAUUUUGGUUUCAAGCUAAUACCUCCGAAUGAUCGAGAAUCCCAAUACCACGGAAUGGGGUAUCUAGGGCUCGCCCCGAGGAGCCCCGUCGCUAGCAAAGCUGGCGUGUUCACGGCCAAAUUUGGCAAUUGGCGAGUCCCUAAUGAUCCGGAACAGAAAGUCAGCUUCUUCACCUUUGGCUUUAUCCAUACACCCACUCUGGCGAGCGCAGAAACACCCAUCCGAUAUGCCCCACUCUGUGGUGACCGGUGGAUGUUCCCAUCCACCACUGCCCUGAUUAACGAUACUCAACUUGAACGUCCUCCCGAGAACGCUGCCAUUGUUGACACAGUCGGCCCCCUAGCCCUCGUCGAUGACCAGCUGCUUCGAGCCUUGUAUAAUUCCAUUCCGGGAAGUUAUUACGAUUCCGAAGCGCGCGGUUAUCUGUUUCCAGCGGACAUCCCCACUUCUAAUUUGCCCGUAGUGCGACUGGGGGUCGGCUGCCAUCAUAUCGCAGUCCAUAAACAUGCCUUGGGAUUUUGUAACCAUCGGUCCAAACCAGGAUAUCUUUAUGGCGGAUUUCAAUCGCGGGGAGAUCUUGAGUUUGAUAUCUUGGGCGAUACCUUCUUGCAGGGACUGUAUGCGGUGUUCGAUUCGACUAACCAACAAUUUGGCGCAGCUGAGCUUCUCGACAGAACGCUAGCAUAG